AUGCCGUCAACUUCGACAAAAGUUGGUCACGGCCUUGCCAAGGCCCUGGGCAUCAAGCUCAACUACCGUGACCCCCUGGGUUACGAGAGCGACCCCGUUACUCGCGGCGAAUCGACCCUGUCGGCGGGGACAAUCGACACCUAUUCUUAUACAGAGGAAGAACCCUCGAGUGCCGAGUGGAUUGUUGAGCAGCUGCCCUCCCUUCAGGAUCUAGGACACUACUUUUACAGUCUGUUCCCUUUUCUGCAAUGGAUCGGCAGGUAUAACCUUCAAUGGUUCGUGGGAGACUUGGUAGCCGGUAUCACUGUUGGAGCCGUCGUGGUCCCUCAGGGUAUGGCGUACGCUGAGUUGGCUGAAUUGCCUGUGGAAUAUGGUCUCUACUCCUCCUUCAUGGGUGUCCUGAUUUACUGGUUCUUCGCCACCUCCAAGGAUAUCACGAUCGGCCCUGUCGCCGUUCUGUCCAUGCUCGUGGGUAAUAUCAUCCUGUCCGUUCAGGCCAAGCAUCCCGAGUUUACUGGCCCCGAGAUCGCCCAGGCGCUUUCCAUCGUCGCCGGCGGUAUCGUCACCUUCCUCGGUCUCACCCGCCUGGGCUUCAUUGUCGACUUCAUCCCCCUGCCCGCCAUCUGCGCCUACAUGACGGGCUCCGCCAUCAACAUCGCUGCCGGCCAGGUCAAGACCCUGCUCGGUCAGACGGCCGGCUUCUCCACCCGCGCCGCCACCUACAUGGUUAUCAUCAACACCCUCAAGUACUUGCCCACCUGCCAGCUCGACGCCGCUAUGGGCUUGACCGCGCUGGCCAUGCUCUACAUCAUCCGCUCCGCCUGCAACUAUGGCGCCCGCAAGCAACCCCAUCGCGCCAAGGUCUACUUCUUCAUCUCUACCCUGCGCACCGUCUUUGUCAUUCUCUUCUACACCAUGAUCUCCGCCGCCGUCAACCUCCAUCGCAAGGACAACCCGGCCUUUAAGAUCCUCGGCUCAGUCCCACGAGGCUUCACGCAUGCUGGAGUGCCCGUGAUGAGCUCUGACCUUGUCAAGUCGCUCGUCUCUCAGCUCCCGGCCACCAUCAUCGUCAUGUUGAUCGAGCACAUCUCCAUCUCCAAAUCUUUUGGUCGUGUCAACAACUACACCAUCAACCCCUCCCAGGAAUUCGUCGCCAUUGGUAUCUCCAACCUACUGGGCCCUUUCCUGGGCGCCUAUCCUGCCACAGGCUCCUUCUCGCGUACCGCCAUCAAGUCCAAGGCUGGCGUGCGGUCCCCGCUGGCCGGCCUGAUCACCGCCAUCGUCGUCCUUCUCGCCAUCUACGCCCUCACCGCCGUCUUCUUCUACAUCCCCUCCGCCCCCCUGUCCGGUGUCAUCAUCCACGCCGUCGGUGACCUGAUCACCUCCCCCAACACCGUCUACCAAUUUUGGCGCGUCUCCCCACUGGACGUCAUCAUCUUCUUCAUCGGCGUCAUUGUCAUCGUCUUCAGCACCAUCGAGGACGGCAUCUAUUGCGUCAUCUCCGUCUCCGCUGCUGUCAUGCUGUUCCGCAUCGCCAAGGCGCGUGGCCGCUUCCUUGGCCAGGUACGCAUCCAUUCCGUCGUCGGCGACCACGUCCUCAACCCCGACGGCAAGUAUGGCUCGCUGGGCUCCACCAACACUGGUGCUGGUGCUGGUGCUGGUGCUGCUACUGCUGCUACUACCACUUCCAGCACCACCACCCCAGAGGAGUCUGAGCACAAGUCCCGCACCAUCUUCCUCCCGCUCAACCGUAUGGAUGGCUCCAACCCAGAAAUCGAGUUGGAGCAGCCGCACCCGGGUAUCUUCAUCUACCGGUUCUCCGAAGGCUUCAACUACCCGAAUGCCAACCACUACACCGAUUACUUGGUCGACACCAUCUUCAAGCAGACCCGCCGGACCAACCCCAAUUCCUUCGGUCGGCCCGGCGAUCGCCCGUGGAACAACCCGGGCCCCCGCCGGGGCAAGGUCGAGGAGGAUCGCUCGCACCUGCCCAUCCUACGCGCCGUCAUCCUGGAUUUCGCGUCGGUGAACAAUGUCGACACGACCGCCAUCCAGAACCUGAUUGACAUCCGCAACCAGCUGGACCUGUACGCCUCGCCCGAGCGCGUGCAGUGGCAUUUCGCGCACAUCAACAACCGCUGGACCAAGCGGGCGCUCGCCGCCGCCGGGUUUGGCUACCCUACCCCGACGUCGGACGACGGCUUCCACCGCUGGAAGCCCAUCUACAGUGUCGCCGAGAUUGGCGGCAGCGCCUCGGCCGCCGCCCACGCGGAGAUCGUCAACCACGAGCGCGAGCUCAAGCUGAAGCAAAACGUCGACCCGGAGGCCGGCCUCAAGAUGCCCGAGCCCGAGACACACGGCGUCGAGCACGCGAUGAGCAACAGCAGCGGCGGAAGCAGCAACGACGUCCCUGCCGACAAGCUCGACGGCGCCCUGACGCACAGCCGGCCCUACCGCGGCGGCCGCAAGGUCACCGUCCACGGAGUCAACCGGCCUUUCUUCCACAUCGACCUGACCAGCGCGCUGCAGAGUGCCGUCGCCAACGCGGCGGAGCUGGCCGUCGAUCCAGAGACGCAGAAAUAA